AUGCGUUCUGAUGUAGUUGCCAUGGAACGUCGAGAACGAGUCGCUCGGGUUGUGGCUGUGUUGAAAACUACAAGUCAUCAUGGAUUUCCAGUUGUGGAUAGGAUUGAAGAAUCAGCAUAUUCGAGUCUUCCGGACUAUGGUCAUCUAAAAGGCAUGAUUCUACGAUCUCAGCUCAUUACUCUGCUAGAAAAAAGGGUUUUCUAUUCUGAACUGGACGGCUUUGAAGGAAUUGAAAGAAUGGGUACUGUCAAGCUCAGUGACUUUUUCGACGAAGACGUACAGCAAGACAAGCCUGUGGAGUCACUGGGAUUGUCCGCGUCGGAUGAGCAGUGCUGGAUGGAUCUUGAGCCGUAUAUUCAUCCUCACCCGCAUCGAGUUCCUUUGAAUGCUUCCUUACCCUUCAUCUUCCAGCUUUUCCGAGGUCUUGGAUUGCGGUAUCUGCCCGUUGUGAACGAUGAGAAUAGGCUCCGCGGAAUUAUCACGAGGAAGGACGUUGCUAGGUUCCGUGAACGACGAUUUAACAGGAAAUACCAGGUUCAAGAGCUGUACAUAGCGGAAGAUAGGUCCAGCUGA